UCGGGCGCCGGGAUGGGGCUCUUGGCAGGGAGAAGCUUCUUUUUAAAUCUGCUAUUCUUCGUUGUUCUCCUGGCCGAGGGAUAUUUUAGAUCGUAUCAUGUUGCAGCCCAACACUGCGUGUGGUACGGUGAGUGUGGUGAGUCAAAGCUGCCUGGAAAAAAGUACAACUGCUACUACCCUGGUCCCCCUAUCCCGCUCAAACCUGAGGGUUAUCAGCUUCUCACGGAGCUUUGUCCUGCAUAUGACUAUGGAAACAAAAGUCUCUGCUGUGAUGUCGACCAGUUGCACACCCUCAAGGACAGUCUCCAGCUGCCACUUCAGUUCCUGUCUCGGUGUCCGGCCUGUUUCUUCAAUUUCAUGACCCUGUUCUGUGAGCUGACAUGCAGCCCCCACCAGAGUCAGUUUAUGAAUGUCACCAAGGUUAAUGGCUCUGAUGUAUUGGAAGUGCAGUACUACAUUGGACAAACAUUUUCUAAUGCCAUGUACAAUGCAUGUAAGGAUGUCCAGACACCGUCUAGCAACCAGAAGGCCUUAUCGGUACUGUGUGGCAAGGAUGCAAAAGACUGCAAUGCUACCAACUGGAUCCAGUACAUGUUCAGUACUGACAAUGGACAGGCGCCUUUUCCCAUCGAUCCAAUAUUCAACGAUAGCGCUUCAUCUGAUUACACUCCCAUGAACAACCAGACAUAUGGCUGCAAUGAGGGCCUAGAUGAUGGUUCAGGUCCCUGCUCCUGUCAGGACUGCACUCAGUCCUGUGGCCCCAAACCCGUACCCCCUCCUCUCCCACCUCCAUGGACCAUCCUUGGUAUCGAUGCCAUGGUCCUCAUCAUGUGGCUGUCUUACAUGGCCUUCCUGCUCAUCUUUCUUGGACUUCUUCUGGGUGUGUGGUGUUACAGGAAAAGGACUAUCACAUCUGAGUAUGGCCCCAUUUUGGACAGUAAUAACCCGCUGUCUCUUAACAGUGAUAAUCCUGACCAAGUAAAUGCAUCAUGCUGUGAAAUGCUGGGUGAACGUUUUGAGAGUGUCCUGCGGACCUUCUUCAGCUCUUGGGGUUCCUUCUGCGUGAGGCAUCCAUUUCUGGUCAUCUUGAGCUGCCUGGCACUGGUGGCAGUCUCAGCUGGGGGCCUGUGCUAUAUGCGCAUCACCACUGACCCCGUUGAGCUCUGGUCAUCUCCCAGCAGCCAAGCUCGUCAAGAGAAGGAUUACUUCGACAAGCACUUUGGACCAUUCUAUAGAACCGUGCAGCUCAUCAUAACUACUCCACUCAAUUGCAGUACCACCUGGGUUCCAUUUAAUGGAGGAGCAGCUGUCCCAUUCAGUGCUGUCCUGAACAAAGACAUCCUGCACCAGGUGCUGGAUCUGCAGCUUAAAAUUGAAGGCCUUGUAGCCACACAUGAAGACCAAAAUGUCACGCUGAAGGACAUCUGCUUUGCUCCUCUGGCUCCAUAUAAUGACAACUGUACAGUCUUUAGUGUCCUGAACUACUUCCAGAACAGCCACACUGUGCUGAAUCACACUGUAGCAGAUGAAUUUUAUCUCUAUGCUGACUAUCACGACCACUUCCUCUACUGUGUCAGUGCACCGGCUACCCUCAAUGACACCACUAGGCUUCAUGAUAGUUGUUUAGGCACCUUUGGUGGCCCCAUCUUCCCUUGGCUUGCAUUGGGGGGUUACGACGACACAAACUACAACAAUGCCACUGCUCUUGUGAUCACCUUGCCACUCAACAACUAUUUGAAUGACACCGUCAGAUUGGACAAAGCUCGGGCGUGGGAGAAAGAAUUCAUCGCAUUUAUGAAGAACUUCAGCAACCCCAACCUCACCAUCGCUUCACUGCAGAGAGGAGCAGAAGAUGAAAUCAACAGAGAGAGCAACAGCGACAUCAGCACUGUAGUCCUCAGCUAUGCCAUUAUGUUCAUCUACAUUUCCCUGGCCCUGGGUCACAUCCCAAGCUUCAGAAGACUGCUGGUGGACUCUAAGAUUUCCCUGGGUAUAGCAGGUAUCCUGAUUGUGCUGAGCUCUGUGGCCUCCUCACUGGGGAUCUUCAGCUAUGCUGGUGUCCCGCUCACGCUCAUUGUGAUCGAGGUCAUUCCCUUCCUUGUGCUGGCUGUUGGAGUGGACAACAUCUUUAUUAUAGUACAGACCUACCAGCGGGAUGAGCGGUUGUCACAGGAAGAACUUCACCAGCAGAUCGGUCGUAUUCUUGGAGACAUCGCCCCUAGCUUGUUCUCUCUCCUCUUCUUGAGGACCGUCGCCUUUUUCCUGGGGGCCCUGUCCAACAUGCCGGCAGUGAGGACAUUCUCCAUGUUUGCUGGCUUGGCUGUUUUUAUUGAUUUCCUGUUGCAGAUCAGCUGCUUUGUCAGUUUGCUCGGUUUGGACGCUAAAAGACAGGAGGGGAAUCGACUUGACAUCCUCUGCUGUGCAGCACUGCCAGAAGGCCAGGAAACCAAAACAGACAGCCUCCUGUUCUUUUUUCAAGAAGUCUUCGCUCCAUUCAUCCUCACGGAGUGGGUGCGAGUGAUCAUAGUGGCAGUGUUUGUGGGAAUGCUGUCCUUCAGUAUUGCUGUGGUGAAUAAAGUAGAGAUUGGACUCGACCAGAAGUUAUCAAUGCCUGAUGACUCAUAUGUGCUGGAAUACUUCAAGAACAUGAGCGAGUAUCUCCACACAGGAGCACCGGUUUACUUUGUGGUAGAGGAAGGUCUCAACUACAGUAGCCCAGAGGGUCAGAAUGCCGUGUGUGGAGGGGUGGGCUGUAACAACAACUCCCUGGUCCAGCAGGUCUACAGUGCCUCACUUAUCAGCAACUACUCAACCAUUGCCAGCACACCAUCCUCCUGGCUGGAUGAUUACUUUGACUGGGUGAAGCCUCAGUCCACAUGCUGUCGGUAUUACAACAACACUGGGACCUUCUGCAAUGCCUCAGUGGUAAACUCGUCCUGUGUAUCCUGUCGGCCGAUGACUCCCAGUGGAAAACAGAGGCCUGAGGGAGAAGACUUCAUGCGCUUUUUACCCAUGUUCCUGUCAGACAACCCCAAUUUCAAAUGUGGAAAGGGUGGCCAUGCAGCCUAUGCCACAGCAGUUGACGUGUAUCCCAACAACACAGGGGUAGGAGCCACUUACUUCAUGACUUACCACACCAUCCUAAAGGAGUCCCCAGACUACAUAGAGGCUCUGAUGAUGGCUCGAGUCCUGGCUGACAAUAUCACCCAGUCCAUUGACCACAAAGUUUUUGCCUACAGUGUCUUCUACGUGUUUUACGAGCAGUAUCUCACCAUCGUGCACGACACGGCUCUGAACCUGUGUGUCUCGCUGGCAGCCAUAUUUGUGGUGACCACGGUGCUGCUGGGCUUCGAGCUGUGGGCAGGCGUGCUGGUCAGCUGUACCAUUGCGAUGAUCCUGGUCAACAUGUUUGGCGUCAUGUGGCUGUGGGGCAUCAGCCUCAAUGCAGUAUCUCUUGUGAACCUGGUUAUGACCUGUGGGAUCUCUGUGGAGUUCUGCAGUCACAUUGUGCGAGCUUUUACCGUCAGUGUGAAGAAGAACAGAGUGGAGCGUGCUGAGGAGGCCCUUGCUCACAUGGGCAGCUCAGUAUUCAGUGGGAUCACAUUAACAAAGUUUGGAGGUAUCUUAAUUUUGGCACUCUCCAAGUCGCAGAUCUUCCAGGUCUUCUAUUUUAGGAUGUACUUGGCCAUAGUGCUGCUGGGGGCGGCGCACGGCCUCAUCUUCCUCCCUGUACUGCUCAGUUAUAUAGGUCCGUCAGUGAACAAAGCAAAGGUGUUUGCCGCUAACAGGCGCCAUGCUGGCACAGAAAGGGAAUGCCUACUCAACUACUAGCAGCCUGCUUGGGCCAAUGAACAAUGAACUAUUUGUUUCUGAGCAACGUGUGUGGGUGUGAGCACGAGCAAUUUCUGUGAUCACUGACAUGCUCAUCGUCAUUGCCACUACUAUGCAUGGAUUUAACUCAGGAAUAUAUGUGGGGAUAGAAGUGCCAGAAGCCUUGUCCAACUACAUACAUACUGACUUUCCUCAGAAGACUUUAAAUCCCACCAAUCCUCCUCUUCCACCUCCUCACACUACAGGAUAAGUAUGACUUCAGAGUUUGAAGCAUGAGCAACACCCCCACAGAACAGACACUUUGCCAGUCUGGAUGUGGGAGAUGACCACCCCCGGCAUCAUUUUACAGACAAACUCUCAAUCAGUUCCAAACAGUAUGUGUGGUUCUGAUUUGAGAAAACUAAGAAGGGGUAAAACUUAUUACAUUUUUUAAAUGUGUAUAUAUAACAGAAAAACAUGGUUUAAUUUUUUUUUUUUUUUUU